AUGGCGCUCAAGUUCUUGAACAAGAAGGGGUGGCACACGGGGAGUCUGCGCAACGUGGAGAAGGUGUGGAAGGCGGAGCAGCGGGAGGCGGACGAGCGCAAGAAGGUGGACGAGCUGCGCAAGCAGAUCGCGGAAGAGCGCGAGGCGGAGGAGUUCCAGCGCCUGCGCGAGCAGGCGGGGCUCGUCCCGCUUCAACAGCGGGUGGACUUUCUGUAUGAGUCAGGGCUGUCGACCGGCAAGGGCAUGGAGGGAGGGGGCAUGGGCGGCAUGGGAGGGGCGUCGACGGACGAGCUCAUGUCGCAGAAGGUGGACUUCUCCGCUUCCGCGCACACAGGCGUCCCCCCGCCCAUCUCCAAGGCGUCCACUGUCCCCGGCUCUCUGUUCGAAGCGGAUGGGGAGCAGGGCGAGGGGCCGCCAGUGGUGAGUGCAAACGAGAUGUGGCGGCGGUUGCACUCGGACCCUCUCGUGCUCAUCCGCCAGCGUGAGCAGGAGGCGUUGACUCACAUCAAGAACAACCCCGUUAAGAUGCAGAUGAUCCGCGCUCAGGCUGAGGCGGUUAAGGGCAAGACACAAAGCAAGAAGGAGAGGAAGAGGGAGAAGAAGGAGAGGAAGCGGAAACGCAAGGAGGAGCGGCGGGCGAGGAGGGAGAGGAAGAAGCGGAGGAAGCAGAGCGAGAGCGAGAGUGAGAGCAGCAGCAGUGGCAGCGACAGCGAUGGCAGUGGGAGCGAGGAGAGGGGGGAGGAAAGGCGUGGUGGGGGCAGAGGGGGAGGGGAAGGGAAAAGGGAGGGAGGGACAGGGCAGGGUGGGAUGGGGCAGGGCGGGAUGGGGCAGGGCGGGAUGGAGAAGCGUGGCAGAGGGAACGAGCUGGAUGUGGGUAGUAGAGGGGAUGAUGCAGGUGAGGGGGGGAGGAGGCAUGGUUGGGAAGGUGAGAGAGGGAGCAGGGAGGCUGGUGGCAGGGAGGGAAGGUUUGAAGGGAGUGUGGGGAGGAGUGAUGGGGGUGGCAGGGAGGGGAGGCGUGGCAGGGAUUAUGAGGAGGGGAGGAUGGAGCGUGCGAGAGGGGUGGGUGGAGAAGGGGAAAGGCGAGUGAGGGAGGAGCUGAGGGCUGGUGGCGGUGGGAGGAGGGAUGGGGAGGAGAGGAGUGAGAGGGGAGGGAGAGGUGAGAGGGAAGGGAGAGGUGAGAGGGAUGGGAGAGGUGAGAGGGAUGGGAGAGGUGAGAGGGAGAGGGAUGCUCAGGGUAGGAGUGAGAAAGAGAGGUAUGUGAGGGAGAGGAGCGAGAGGGCAGGAGGGGAUGAGAGGGAGAGGUAUGGCAGGGAGAGGAGUGAGAGGGGAGGUGGGGACGAGAGAGAGAGGUAUGGCAGGAGGGGGAAGGAUAAGGAUGUGAUUGAGCCAGUGGGAAGAGGGGGGCGAUGGGAAGAGCAAGGGAGAAGAGUGAAGGCGGGACGAGAAGCAGCACUUGCACAGGAGAUAGAGGAAGGGAAAACGAGGUAUGUUGAGGGAGGGAGAGAUGGGAGGGAGGGAGGAAGGAGAGGUGAGGCAGCAGAGGUGGUGAGAGGCGCGAGGCAGAGGCAUGACAGCCCUUCAGGGAGUGAGGGGGAGAGUGAUGGUGCGGGUGAGCGUGGGGGUGCGGGUGGCAGGGGUGGCAGUGGCAGGAGUGCAGCGCACACAGCACAGGAGGGUGGGGAGAGGAGUGGAGAUCUGGUGGCGAGGACAGGAGGCACGCGGCAGAGGCAUGACAGCCCUUUGGGAGGCACAAGGCAGAGGCAUGACAGCCCUUUGGGAGGCACAAGGCAGAGGCACGACAGCCCUUUGGGAGGCACAAGGCAGAGGCAUGACAGCCUGUCAGAUGGCAGCGAUGGGGAGGGGCGCAGAGCAGCGCCUCUCUACGGCCUCUCCUUCCACCGCAUGGCCCCCUCCCCUCCUCGCACCGCCCCACCUGCACCCCUUGCCCGUGCACCGUCACCCGCUGCUGCUGCUGCUGCCCCCCUGGAGUCUGGUGUUGUGGCAGGCGCAGGCAGGAGAGAGGAGGGCCUUGGCAGUGGCAGCCAGAAUAGGCCGGGGGGUGGGUGGCAGGGGCGGCAGAAAAUGACGGAGGAGGAGAGGCGGCGGCGGCUGGCGGAGAUGGAGGAGAAUGCGGAGGCGGUGGAGGGGGAGAGGCGGGAGCGCAUCCAGUGGGCGGCGCAGCGAGAUGCGCGCGAGGAGCAGAAGAGUGAUGCUGCUGCCCCCCGUGGGACCUUCCUCCGGGAGGCGCAGAAGGAGGUGUAUGGGGCGGGCAGUGGGGCGGCAGGGGAUGCGGCGCUGCAGGCAGCAGCAGGCACGGGCAUGUCCAUAGAGAGCAGCAUUCGCCGCCGCUCACACUUCCUGGAGAAGGGGAGGGGCGAUUCAAGUGCCUUCAGAAGAUGA